AUGUUGAUCGCAAGUGAAUCCCAAUAUCAUCUCUAUUAUACCGAUUCGACAUGUGAAAGUGAUUUAUAUUACGAUUGUUUGCAUUAUAAGGUUCCGGAUGGUGUCUUUCCACCACAUCCUCAUCAAAUCAUUCCUUACUGUAUACGCCCCCUGAUCACAACCGAAAAGCAACCUUCAACAAAUGUGACAAGUCACUCUUCGUUAAGUUUCAGAUUCGAGACACUGAAAAACUUGAACGUCAACACGCAAGAUUUACUGACAUGGUCUGCUCCAGUUGAUCUUGUUGAGCGUUAUCAAAGUUAUCUGGAUUCAUCGAGAUUAAAUUCGACCGCUGAAUUCUUUUAUAACUGUACAUCGCCAUGGUUUGGACCCUUUUGUCAAUACACUUUCGAUUCUGACGAAUCAUUCGAGGUGAUUGUUCGGAAGACUUUUCUCGCAAAGCAAAAAAAGGACACCGAUAGUCUUUCAGUCUCCGAUAUUACAAAUCUAACUUGCUACGUUCAUCUCGAUUGUAACCGUGGUGUUUCUCCAAUUUGUCUCGAUUGGCGUGAGGUAUGCAAUGGACACAUGGAUUGUCUAGAUACUGGAAUCGACGAGAAAGAUUGUCUUCAAUUAGAGAUUAACGAAUGUGAGCCAAAUGAAUAUCGAUGUUACAAUGGUAUGUGCGUCGAUCAACAAUUUAUUGAUGAUGAUAUGGCUAACCCAGAUUGUUUAGAUGGAACUGACGAGAAUGAUCUUCUCAAACAGGAUCUUCAACGAUAUCUGGGAUUUGCUGGUUGCGCUGCAGAUCCGGCAUUUCGAUGUGAAGAUUCAAAUCAGUUUUUUGGCAAUCGAGAUUUUGUGUGCGGCGACGGGCAGCAAAUUUUGGUAUAUAUGUCAGACAAAAUCGGGCACUCCAAUGAAGACGAUGCGCGAAAAUGUGUAAAUAACCGUCACAACUACUUAGUUUGGUCUGUGUUUCGUGAUGGGCAAGAUUUCUCUAAUUUGACAUUCGACUGUCGAACAGUGAUGAACUGUAUUGCUAGCGAAAUACAUGGCAUCCCUUGUAUCAAAGCGUUAUGUGGAAGCCAUGGUUUGCCUUGCAACAUUUCUCUACAGAAAGUAUGUAAUCAAUCGAAAUAUGCGAUGCUACCAGCGUUUCCUACGAUUGAAAAUUAUGCACAAUUUGGGUAUUGGACAAACAAAGCGAUUACCUUUGAUCUUUUCGGACGAAUUCCAUUUCCGGACUUCGUCUGUUAUAACCCCCAACGAUGCCCUUUUAUGCUACCACAGUUUCACUUGAACAAUUUGAGCUGUAGCGGCCUGGCAAAUGCUGCGUUGAGCGAAAUUCGACGCGUAAUUAUGAUCGUACAGACAUGUUUGUCAUUUGAUCAAGUUGCAAACGAAAGCCAUUGUUUGAAUCAACAGUUGUUCCAAUGUUCGAACACAGCGAAAUGUAUUUCUAAGCAUCGAUUACUCGAUGGUGUUUAUGAUUGUCCCUGGAUUGAUGAUGAAAGAUAUAAUCGAUCAUGUGCGCUCAAUCAUCGACAUCGUUUUCGAUGUUCAGCAAAAGAAAAUAAAUGCUAUUCACCGAUCGUCAUAUAUUAUUCGAAGGACGGCUGUCACGAUAGUGAUGACGAACGUCUUCGUUUGAAGCAAAAAGUACCUUUUCAACACCUUUGUGAUAAACAUACUCAUUUACCAUCUGCGAAUGAAACUGAUGAAACUAACUGUGAACAGUUCCCGUGUGACAACCAGUACACAAGAUGUGAUCGAAUUUGGAAUUGUGAUAAUGGUGCCGAUGAGGUCAAUUGUGAUCCAACUUCCAGAUGUUAUCCUGAUCGUCAUGAAUGUAUCUCGCAUGAUACUUUCGAGGUGAUGUGUUUGUCAAUGAAUCGCACCGGCGAUGGAAAGAUUGAUUGUCUUGGAGCAACUGAUGAAAGAGAACACUGUCGACGACAGGAAGCAAAAAAAAAUCGCUUUCGCUACCGAUGUUGGAACGACACGUUAUGUACGCUUUCGCAAUGCUCCAGUCUAGAUGAUUGUCCAUACGAACAAAAUCAGUUUGCCAAGGAGAAAUGUGAAAAGAAUCCUCACAUUGAAAAGAUUUUGAAAAGUGUUGGGAGCGACUACUUUCUGGGAAAUCCCUUGUCACUAUCGUACAAACAUUUCGAACUCGGUAAUGAAACUCGUUUUCAGUUCAAUAGAUCACUGAUACCUCUGAUCAUGCCACAGACAUCCACGCCUAUUUCAUCUGCACAUAUGCCUCGGAUGGAGACCGACUAUCCGCUCCAAAUCGACUUUCGUCGAGCUUGGAUAUGUAAUCGAGGUCUUCUCGUUUUCCGCGGAGGAAACAAAGAAGAAUAUUGCCUUUGUCCUCCAAGUUACUACGGUCGUCGAUGUGAAUUUCAGAAUCAACGAGUGAGUCUGACUCUUCGGUUCACCAAAGAAUGUCAACCCAGUUGUCUUGGAGUAUAUGGGAUUGUUCUACGGCUCAUCGAUCAUGAGCAACAUAUCCAUUCUUACGAACAACUGACAUAUAUCUCCAUAUUUAAUUGUACUAUGAAAUACAAUAUUUAUCUUCUCUAUCGAUCUCGUCUAAAGAAUCUGACAAUGAAUUACACCAUUCGAAUUGAUGCUUACAACAAAAUCAAUCUGAUGUAUCAUGCCAGUUGGAUCUUGCCUAUCAAGUUUCUAUUCCUUCCUGUCAAUCGUAUUACUACUUCACUGAUCAUUCCAAGUCAACCACUCGGUCUUCAUAGUAAUUGUCAGUUUAUUUGUGGUGAUCAUGGUCGUUGUACUGCAUACGUGAAUACAGGACAGUCUUUCUGCCUGUGCGAGUCUGGCUGGUCAGGCCCAAACUGUGCGAUUCGUCUAGUGAAUUGUACUUGUUCAACCGAAUCGAUCUGUCUUGGUCGAGUACAUCAUCGAUCGAUAUGUUUAUGUUCGCAAAAUCACGCUGGUCCACGAUGUCUUCUUCAUUCGGUCUGUCAAAUGAAUCCAUGCAAAAAUGGUGGACAAUGUGUACCCGAAGAUGAUCGAAUCUCCAUGAAUAACUUCACGUGCAUCUGUAUUACAGGUUACUCGGGAACUACUUGUGAUGUCAGAAAUACACGCAUCGAGAUUUUCUUCACUAAUGUUCGAAUUCCCCCAUCGUUACAAGUUCACUUUGUCACCACGCAAUUUAAAAACGAUCCACUUGUCACUACAAUAUCAAAAAAAGUUGCUUUCGACCAAAACUCAGCUGUCUUGUAUACAACUGAACUAUUCAAUAUAAUAUUUGUUGAAGUUCAUGCUGAAUUUUACCUUACCUAUUUACAAGUUGAUCCUUUACCUUCAAUUAGCAUUACAUUAGAAAUGAAAUCUGAUCAGCGCUGUUCGUCAGUUCAUAAUCUGUUCGAUGAACAAACACUUGCUUUUCCUCUGCUGCGUCGGGCCAAGUAUUAUCAUGUUCUAUGUCAAAAAUAUCCUCGCUUAACUUGCUUGUACGACAAAGAAAUGUUCAUGUGUCUGUGCAACGAGGAUAACUAUGCGAACUGUUUCCCUGUCAAUAUGAGCAAAAGUUCAGUUUGUCAAGGGCGAACAACAUGUGAAAAUGGAGGUCAAUGUCUGGUGGAUCGUGCCAUUUGUCCCAUUUCAACGCUGUGUAUCUGUGCCGAUUGUUUUUUCGGUGGAAGAUGUCAAUUUACAACAAAGGAUUUUAGCCUUUCCCUUGACGUUAUUCUUGGAUAUCAAAUUCGACAGUAUGUGUCGAUUACACGACAAUCAAUUGCAGUGAAAAUAAGCUUCGCUGUGACGACGCUGGUGCUGGUCAUCGGUCUUAUCAAUGCAACUUUGUCUAUCAAAACUUUUCGCUUGGAGAAUAUCAGUAAUGUGGGCUGUGGACUUUAUCUUUUGACACUGUCGAUCAUCUCACUUUUAUCGAUUAUUGCGCUGACUCUGAAAUUUUGGUUGUUGAUUUGUUUCCAAGCAUUGUGGAUUACAAAUCGAAGUAUUCUGCUAGUGAACUGUAUUUCAAGUGAAUACAUUCUUCGAUCUCUACUGGCUAUCGAAGACUGGCUUAGUGCGUGUGUAGCCAUCGAAAGAGUUUUUGUCGCGAUUAAAGGUGUCAGCUUCGAUCGACGAAAAAGUAAAGGAAUUGCUCGUUGGGUUAUCGCUGGUGUAAUACUGAGUACUUUGCUCAGUUUUGUGUAUGAAUCAAUUCAUCGUGAACUAGUCGACGAUGAAGAAGAACAACGAACAUGGUGUAUGGCUCGGUAUCCUCCUCCAAUGAAACAUGUGGAUUCAGCUUUGCAUACUUUUCAUUUUGUUGUUCCAUUUUCUGUCAAUCUGGUUGCAGCUGCACUUAUCAUUGUCAUCAUCGCUCGAGCUCAUUCGACUGCUCACAAGCAAAAGACAUAUCAGGAACAUUUGCAUGAAGAAUUUCAUCGACAGAAACAUCUGAUUAUAAGUCCUAUUACUCUUGUUAUUCUCGCACUACCUCGUCUGGUCAUUUCAUUCUUAUCUGGAUGCAUGAAAUCAAUGCGAGAGCCCUGGCUGUUUCUCACAGGCUAUUUCAUAUCGUUUCUGCCAUCGGUGCUGACAUUCGUCGUUUUCAUUUGGCCUUCGACAACUUAUAAACAGGAAUUCAAGGGAAUGAUUAAACGACAUCAAAUUGCUAUGCGGCAACGUUUCUUUCCUAAAUGA